AGUUUUUCUAGUGUUAUAAAGUAUUUAUUUUCAAUAAAAUGGAAGAUUUAAACAUGGUACCUAAUGAUAAAUGUCGGAAUUUAAAUGAAUCGAAUUUAGUAACAAAGCCCGGAUUAAUAGUAAUCAACUCCUAUUUAAAUCAAAUAAAUCCAGAUUUGAAAGAUGUUCAAUCUGAGAUUAAAGAAGUUGUUGGCAAACAAAAAUCGCUUAUAGAUGCUAUGCUCAAAGAAAAUGAAGAACUGUCUAAUUUAUUAAAUGAAUCAGAAGUUCAAAAUAUGUUCUCAUCCAUUAAACAUUGCCAUGGACAGCUGGUUGAAUUAAAAAAAAAACUCAUGUUUUUACACAAAAAAACUAUGACAUUAGAAAAAAGAGCUAAUGUUUUGCGUGUGGCCAAACAAAGAGAAGCAUUACAAAGAGAACAUCAGAAAGAAUCAAUGUUGGUACGAGAACAAGAACUUAUAUCAAAACAGUCAUAGAAUUAUGCACUUAUAAAAGAUUGGAGAUAAUUCACAUUCAUUAUUUCUUUAAUGUUUAUUAAUUAAAAUUGACUUAAACUCUGUAUAUUAUUUUUAAGUUGCAUAAAACUAAAAAUAUCUAGUUAGUUAAAUGUUUAUAAUUUAUUAAACAUUUUAAGCGAUAAUAUUAUAUUUUAAUAUAAACUAAAUAUAAUGUUUAUGUUUAAAAAAGCAUAAUAUAUUAUAAUUUAUAUUGUAAUCUAAACAAUUAUUAUUGAAUGUACAAUAUACAGAAUAUAACUAAAAGAACUAUCAAAUGUAAUUAAUCAACUAUCUUAUAACUAUUGUUCUUUAUUAUUUGUUAUUAUUCAUCUUAUGGCAAGCUUUAAUUCCAUUUUCUAAUUCAAUAUUAAAAAAAAAUGCAUAGCAUCACUAUUAUACUAUUAUUAACCAUAAAAAUAAUAUUCUCUUUAAUGUGAUCAGUUAUCUCUGUAAACUCUAUAUAUUUUAUUAUUUACACAUUUAAAUAAACUAUCUAAAUUGUAUGUUUUUGACAUUAGACUUCGUUAUUUCUUACAUUACUGUAUAAUAUUUUAUGUUUAAAAAAUUGUCUUGCAUAUAUUUUUAUAAACUAUGACUAAGUUGUUCUUACCUAAUAUUAUAUUAAUAAUAAUUUAAUAUUUUUUUAAUUUAAUGUUAUUAUAUUGGAAUAUGAAUAUAAUUUAUUAUUUUUAUUUAAUUGUACUUAAUAUCUAUUAUAUUAUAAUGUUCUUCAACCAAUUAAUCUGUUUCAAAAUUAAGUUAUAAGUUCACUUAAUUAAAUUAGUUACAUUUAUUGUGUUGA